CAUAGAAGAAUUUUAUUUCAAAACAUUAGGCUCCUGAGUUGUCGGCAAGAAAGAUAUCCCCGACAGACAAAGCAACGGACAAACCAUGACGGGACUGGCUGCGAACACUUUUCCGUCAGGAAUCUUGUCGUUGGUAGUAUACAUAUUGCUUGUUGCUUCCUCCCAGGCAGAGCACGAUGCUUCCAAUUCCAAACAUGAUGAGGUACGUUGGCGAGAAUAACAUGAGAUUGGAUUGUGAACAGACUCGCAAAGAUAUAUUGCUUCUCUAAACUGAUAAAUUAUAUGAGGCACUGACUCUCAAGAUUUGAUUAUGCUCCGAAAAUAUUUUCUUACCUUUAAUAAUUUCCUCGCAUUCCUUCAGUUUGGAUCAUCAUUAAGGGGCCAGCAGCAACGCCACCGGGAACUCAAACGGCCGGACUACCCCUGUAUUCUGGUGCGUGUAGAAACCGAGUACGAACAGGUUGAAGUAGAAGAAGGGUCCAUAUUUUCACACUUUGUAGACAAUGCGCAACAGGCAGAUGUCGACGAGGUCAGAUGUGAACUUUCAGAGGUUGAUGUCGCAAAAGCGGGCGGACAGUAUUUUGUGCCAAUUAUGGGAAUCGAAAAUAGCCAGCUGAACUACAUUGAAAGUGGAGUGUCGACCUUGGUGGCGGAGGGUGCGGUCCUCAUGGACGGUGCCCUUCAAAUUCCGCAGGGUGCUGCGAUCGAAAUUGGGACCGUUGAUGAUGUUGAAUUUAAUGAUGGAGAAGAUGAAGGGGGUUUCAUGCGAUGGCGGUCGCUCCGAAUGCAGCAGGGAAGCCGAAGGAUGGCUCAAGUCGGAACGAAAAAGGUUUUGGUCGUCCGCGCUAAUGCUUACGAUUCACAAACUACCGGCAGUAGGAUGGAAAUUUCGAACAAUAUAUUCGGGACUGGAGGGGACAAAGUCACUCUCAAAUCUCAAUACGAGCAGUGCUCGCAUGGGAAACUCGUUUUCGAGCCCUAUGAUAAUGGGAAUGGUGUCAKWGAAGUAAAUAUACACACAGACGUCAACGGAAAGAACAGAUUCGACAUCGAGAAAGCUAUGACAAGCGCCGCUGAAAACCAGAUGGGAAAUCUGGCGAAUCAAUAUGAUCAUGUCAUGCUAUGUAUGCCACCAGGUACAGGGAGCUGGGUUGCAUAUGCCUAUGUCAAUUCCUGGCUUUCUGUCUACAACGACGAAUGGUGCCAACAGCUCAGCACACUUGUUCACGAAAUGGGACACAAUAUGGGACUCGCCCAUUCGGGUAAGGACGGCAACCCAUAUGCAGAUAGAUCAGGAAUGAUGGGUUUUUCGUACAAGGGAGAUGAUACGCCCCAGCAGUGCUUUAAUCCGGCCAAAAGUUACCAGCUCGGUUGGUAYAGCGAUUGCGUUGUCGAAUGGAAUCCUUCACGACAGGGUACCUGGGCUGGAGUUGUUGUGGGUGUAGCAGACUAUGGCACAAACUCAAACGGCAAAACCUGCGUUAUAAGGAUACCUCGACCCAGAAACGGUGAGGACUUAUACAUUGGAUACAACCGUAAAAAAAAUAUGAAUUCGGAUGUGAUGGAUAGUGGAGACAAGGUUACAAUCAUCGAAAAGGAAGAUGGCUACAAAGUCUCAAAUUUCAUUGCUGGUUUACAUCCUAAUGCGGGUACCAAACAGGUUUUCUACAAUUUUGAAUAUGAAGGCCGAAAUCUUGUCGUCGAAUUCAGCAGUUACGGUAGCAGUAUAGAUGAGGCAUUUGUUGCAAUCUAUUUUGACGAUUGUGAGCACCCCUGUUGGACUACAGCUGUAAGUUUAGUUGAUAUAAUUUGAUCUCUUGUUACUUCAUGAAAAUCUCGUUGGUUUUUUUACAUCAGUUUAACAUGUUUCUCUCUUUUCCGUUCUCARCCACAGCCGCAGCCACCGACACCACUGCCGACUGCCGCACCUGUGCCGGUGCCAUCGGAUCCGCAGGAGGAAGACGACGAUCCAAACAAGACUCCUAUUAUCUUCGAAAUGCUGCCUAACCCGAGACGCGAAGAAGCAGAAUACAUCGAAAUAUUCAAU